CUCAACCUGUGUGUGUUUGUGUGGAGUGCAGUGUCCAUGUGAUCUCCCAUUGCAGCGAUUACAAUGUAAAUGGGCAUCAUUGUGAGCCUGUGAAGCGGCAGCAUACAACACAGCAUUCUCUCGUACACCGAUCACAGACAGGGGGAGGGAGAGGGGGGGGUAAAAAAGACUAUCAACUCUAUCGUCCGAAGCAGGAUCCUUGCACAGUGCACAAAGUCUUGGGAAUUAAAACUUGCUGAUGUACCGCACGGAGCUCUGAGCUGUGGGAUUAAACGCUGAUCAGCUACCAACACGCCUCUGAACACCAAAAGCAAAAAGCCUGCGUUACAAUUGUUGAAGGAAACUUUUUUUUCUCCCGAGAUCGAUGUGUGUGGGGGCAGCACUAAUGACGGGGCCGGCAGUGCAGGGGUGAUGCAUCUGUCCGGAAGCCAGGAAGAGAUCAAUGCACCUUGACCAUGCUGUCUGGGACCAUUCUCCUUGUCAUUGUUUUCACCAGUGCUUGGAGCUGCCGUGGAGACAACUACAAGUCCUUCAAUAGAUCCGACACGAGGUUCGAGCACCUAACGGUGGAUCCCGAGACUGGGAAUGUCUAUGUGGGUGCCGUGAACUUCCUCUUCCAGCUGACCUCUGAGCUGUCGGCCCUGGUGGUGCAACCGACCGGGCCCCAGAAUGACAGCAAGGACUGCCUCCCUCCGGUCACCCGUACCGACUGCCCGCAGGCCCGGCCCACCAACAACCACAACAAGCUGCUCCUCAUCAACCCCUACGGCAAGGAGCUGAUCACCUGCGGGAGUUUGUUUCAGGGGAUCUGUGAGAAAAGGAGUUUGGGAAUGAUUAGCCGGAUCUUAUUCCGGCCCGAGCGGCCGGUCGACACUCAGUACGUGGCCGCCAACGACCCCAAUGUCACCACGGUGGGACUGGUGGGCCUGUCCAAGGGCCAGACGGCCGUGCUGUUUGUGGGCCGCGGCUACACCAGCAAGGGGACCGGCGGCAUUCCGCCCAUCGCCACUCGCAACCUGGUGCUGGCGGAGCCGUCCAGCCCCGAUUCCCACCCCACCUUCUCCUACGAAGAUACGGCAAAGUUGUCCGUGGCCGGCCGACUCCCGGAGUACGACCACCACUUUGUUAAAUCGUUUAUUUAUCAGUUGUCGGUCUAUUUUCUCUUUUACCGCCGUGACCUCAAGUCCCCCUCCCGGGAAUACAAGACGUACGUGUCGCGGGUCUGCCUGGGGGACAUGCAUUACUACUCCUACGUGGAGGUGCCCCUGGCCUGUCGGGCGGAGAACAAGAACUACAACCUGCUCCAGGCAGCCUAUGUCAGCAGGCCAGGGCAGGGGCUGGCCGCGGGGGCUCUCGACACCGACGGCGAUGUCCUCUUUGCCACCUUCGCUAUCGGCCACACGUCCACGGCCAAGCCGACGGAAGAGUCGGCGCUUUGCAUUUACACCAUGAGCCAGAUCGACCACAUGAUCAACCAGACCCGGGACCUGUGCUACACCAGGCACGGCAAGGCCCCCAGCGGCGUGGGCGUAGCCUACAUCGAGUAUGAAGUCAAGUCCAGUUGUAGUGGCCUCACGUCAGACACUCUCAAUGCCUAUCCCUGUGGGUAUGACCAUACGCCCAGUCCAAUCGCCAGUCACAUUCCCAUUGAGGCAUCCCUGGUGUUGAAGGUUGCCCAGGGUCGGCUGGUCGCAGUGGCCGUCACUGUGGAAAUGGAACACACCGUCGCCUUUGUGGGAGAUGACAAAGGCAACCUCCACAAGGUGUUUGUGAUGCCGUCUGGAAAGGUGGAGCAGUAUGCAACGCUAACAAUCCAGCCCAAUGUUCCAAUCAAUGGUGACCUGGUAUUUGACCGUGACGAGGACUACCUUUACGUCACAACCCCAUUGAAGGUGCUGAAACUUCCUGUUAGCGAGUGCUCAAAGAAGACUGACUGCCUGUCCUGUCUGCAGGCUAAGGACCCAUACUGUGGCUGGUGCAUCCUGCAGGGCUGGUGCAGUAAGAAGUCAGAAUGCACGAGAGCUGGGGAAGGCAUCCAGUGGCUCUGGAGCUACAGCAAGGACCGGCAGUGCCUGAGGGUACACACUCUGUCCCCAGCUAAUGUCAGCAGGCAGGAGCACAAGCAGGUCUUUCUAAGUAUUGCUGACUUGCCCAUUCUGGCUGAGGAUGAGUUCUACACCUGCCUUUUUGAAGAUUAUUCCAGUCCUGCCACCAUUACUGAGCAUGGUGUCGUUUGUUGGUCUCCAAAACCCCAGCACCUUCCACCUACUAAACCUGGAGCAGAUCACGUGACCAUCGGGUUGCAGCUCAUGUUCUUCAACGUCACACUGACCACGGCCGAGUUCACCUUCUACGACUGCAGGGCCGUGCAGCAGAUCGCCAGGAGCUCUCCGUGUCGCGGAUGUGUGAGCAGCCGCUGGGGGUGUAACUGGUGCGUGCUUCAGCACCACUGUACCCACAACACCACCUGUGAGGACGAGGUGAUCAUUUUUAAUGAGAAUUUUGUUCUACCCUACGUGGCUCCUCCAACACUUCCGACCAAACCACUCCGCCUUGACACCACCGUCGCCCCGGUUACUCACCGCCCCACCACCGUUGCCCCGACGACAAGGGCCACGACCGUCCCUGCCACCCCACCCCCCGUCACCACCAUCCCCACCACUCUGCCGACCACGGUGCCGACUACCAUGGGCACCACGGCAGUGGCUUCCACCACCGCUGCGGCCCUUCCAACCGACCCGGCGACCACCCUGCCCACCACCACCACCACCACCACCUCAUCUCCACCUGUGGUCCCCACCACUGCGGCAGCCACGGGGGCACCCGCCACCCUGCCGACCACAGCCAGUCCCGUUGUGGCAACAACCGCCGCCACUGCGGUGACGACCACCACUGGCACCACCCUGGCGGAAGCGAGCAGCCGGCCCGAUACCACGACCCCACCUCCGACGCCAUCCUCUGAGGUUACGGUGCAGUUGUCCACAAACGUGAGCACGGUGCUGGGCGUCGCCACCUCCCACACCAUGGAUGCCCCCCCUGCAAGCACUUCACCCUCUCCAAACCUGACAGACGUGGGUGACAUCCUUGCCGUCACAACCACUACUCCUCCCGAUCCCACCCAGCCUCCUUCCACGCGGUUUGCCGUUCCCACCGACCCCAGGCCUGAUAACCCCACCGACGCGGUUCCCUCCACCACCAUCACCACCACCACCACCGAUUGGCAAAGGAAGGAAGUUGGUGACUGGAAGGAUUCAGAUGCUUGGGUAGACCCUGCGCAGGUUGAGAACGACACAGCAGUCUUCUCGGCCGCUGCUGUGCUGCUAUCGGGUGACGGAGAUGUUGAGAACCCUUCUCCUGCUUUCCUCCACCUGGUCGACUCUGAGGUUGACUACCACUUUGACCCUGGCUCGUCAGCCUUCUCCAGACAGAGCGAUGAAGGGGUGAAUAAGGGCCCCCUGGCAUGUCCCUGCAUGGAUAACGUUCUGGGUUCCUCCCUUCUGCCAGUGAACGUGGAGCGGAAGAUUACACUGACGGGCCAAAACCUUCACUUCUUCCAGGACCCAGAAGAGGAUUACGAGUGUGUCUUUGUCAUCGAGGGUCGGAUGGUGGUCGUGGAGGCAUUUGUCGAGGUUGACGAUUAUAAUCCCACGUACUACUCCAUCACUUGCCAGGUGCAUCAGUACGCCUACUCCACUCUCCAGCAGGAGUAUAAUGCAACUGUGUAUGUCCAACGGCGCCCCAAUUAUAGAGUGGACAGCUUGCAUAACUUGCACAUUACCCUGUACAACUGCUCUGUGGGCCGCACAGACUGCAGCCGCUGCCAGACGGCGGACACCAAGUACUCGUGUGUGUGGUGUGGGGGAGGAAAGCCCAGCUGUGUGUACAAGGAGUCUUGCGUGAACGGUGUGGAGCAGACCUGCCCAGCGCCCGUCAUCCACUCGAUUGAGCCUUUGUCAGGACUGCAGGAAGGUGGCACCAUGCUAACCAUCAUCGGUUCCAACUUGGGCCAGAGAUUCGAGGACAUCCAGAACAUGGUGACGGUCGCUGGUAUCCCGUGCCGUGCCGAUCCGCUGAAGUACGAGGUCUCCACCAGGAUCAUUUGCCUCACUGAACCCAGCGGAGUAGAGAUGUCAGGAGAAGUCACGGUGAAAUUAACAGGCGGUGGUGCCAGCAGCUCCACACAACUUUUUAUAUAUCAGAACCCAGUGCUGGAGUCCAUCUCACCAUCUCAUGGCCCCAGAGCUGGGGGAACGUCUCUUGUCCUCAAUGGUGUCAAGUUGCUUACUGGCAGACGAAGUGAUGUCAAGGUGUUUGUCGGUGACCUCCCCUGUCUCAUCAAUCGUACGGUGGAGGACGGCCACAUCCAGUGCUUCACUACAGCCUACAAUCAGACUGGUGACCUUCCUGUCACAGCCAUGUACGGUGAGGUGCCCAAGAGACUGAAGGAUGUCUUCUACACUUACAUUGAGGAUCCAAACAUCACUAUCGUACAGCCAGACAAGAGCUUCCUGGGAGGAGGGCGAGUGAUCAGCGUGCGAGGCCAGAACCUGGACGCGGUGCAGACACCACAGAUGAUGGUCCAGUUACUGCCGAAGGGGAGGCGGCGGAGAUGGACCAAGUUGCCGAGCCGGCCGAGGAAGAGGAAGCGCAGGAUGACAAAGGACCGCGGUUGCUCUGAGAAGAGUUUGCACAAGUUCUUCGAGUUCUGCCAGGUGAACUCCUCCUCCUUCAUGACGUGCAGGACGCCGUCCAUCGAAGCCCCCGUCAAUGACGCCCUGAUCUCCGUGCACUUCAUCAUGGACAACCUGUGCUUCGAUUUCAAUGACAUCAGUCCGACCAAGUUCACCUACAAGGCUGACCCCAUCUUGAAACCGCUGAACGCAGAUGACCCGCUGAAGCCUUACAGGCACAAGCCUGGCAGUGUCCUUUCUGUCGAGGGUGAAAACCUGGACCUGGCGAUUUGGAAGGAAGAGGUGGUGGCCAUGGUGGGUGAGGGGGUGUGCCUGGUGCGGACUCUGACUGGGAACCACCUGUACUGUGAACCUCCCCUGGAGCAACCCGCCCCGCGCAGGAGGAGCAAGCGAGAGAGCACGGACGCCCUGCCCGAAUUCAUCGUACAAAUGGGAAAACUGAGCUUCAUGCUGGGAAAGAUCCAGUAUGAUGCGGAGAGUCAGUCGAAUUUUCCACUGGAAGCUCAGAUUGGACUUGGUGUGGGAGCAUCCAUUGUUGCAUUGAUUGUCCUGAUCAUUGUCCUCAUUUACAGGCGGAAAAGUAAGCAGGCUCUGAGAGACUACAAGAAAGUACAAAUCCAACUGGAGAAUCUCGAAACCAGUGUCCGUGAUCGAUGCAAGAAAGAGUUCACAGACCUCAUGACUGAAAUGAUGGACCUCUCCAGUGACCUGGUGGGAACUGGAAUUCCAUUCCUGGAUUACAAGACCUACGCCGAGCGCAUCUUUUUCCCGGGACACAAGCAAUCGCCUCUGCAGCGGGAUCUGGACGUGCCCGAAUCUCGGCGACAGACCGUGGAGCAGGGGCUCGUCCAGCUAUCGAAUCUGCUGAACAGCAAACUGUUCCUCACCAAGUUCAUUCACACACUGGAGAGCCAGCGGACAUUUUCACCGCGGGACCGUGCUUACGUGGCUUCGCUCUUGACGGUUUCACUGCAUGGGAAGCUGGAAUACUACACCGACAUCCUGAAAACGCUGCUGAACGACCUGGUGGAGCAGAAUGUCGCCAAGAACCCCAAACUCAUGCUACGCAGGACUGAAACUGUGGUGGAAAAACUGCUGACAAAUUGGAUGUCGAUCUGUCUGUACACGUUCCUCAGGGACUCGGCGGGAGAAUCGCUCUACAUGCUGUUCCGUGCGAUCAAACACCAGGUGGACAAAGGCCCAGUGGAUGCCGUGUCGGGGAAGGCCAAGUACACCCUCAAUGACAACAGACUGCUCCGGGAGGACGUGGAGUAUCGGACACUGGCACUCAAUGUGUUGGUACAGGGCGGGGAAGAUGGGCAGCCCUCACCGGUCAAAGUAUUGGACUGUGACACCAUCACCCAAGUCAAAGAGAAAAUCAUUGAUCAGAUCUACAAAGGCGUGACCUCCUCAUUUCGACCUCACGUGGAAACGCUAGACCUUGAAUGGCGAUCGGGGUUGGCAGGACAUCUCAUCCUUUCAGAUGAAGAUCUGACUUCUGUUCUGCAAGGCAACUGGAAACGUCUCAACACCUUGCAGCACUAUAAGGUGACUGAUGGAGCCACGGUUGCCCUCGUUCCACGUCUCAGCAAGCACAUCCACCAUGAAAACCAUGACUACAUUGCAGGGGAGAAGACACCAAUGCUGGAAGAUGCCGAUGAAGGAGGGGUCAAAGUCUGGCACCUGGUCAAAGCCAGCGAGGAGCCUGAACUGCCCAAACACAGACGAGGCAGCCUGAAGGAGCGAGAGCGAGCCAAGGCCAUCCCCGAGAUAUACUUAACGCGCUUGCUGUCCAUGAAGGGCACUCUGCAGAAGUUUGUGGAUGACCUGUUUCAGGUGAUUCUCAGCACCAGCCGGCCUGUUCCUCUUGCUGUGAAAUAUUUCUUUGAUCUCCUGGAUGAACAAGCAGUGAACCAUGGGAUAGCUGAUGCAGAAACGAUUCACAUCUGGAAAACAAACAGCCUGCCUCUCCGUUUCUGGAUAAACAUCAUUAAAAACCCGCAAUUCACGUUCGACGUACAGGUGUCGGAUAAUGUGGACGCCAUGCUAUCAGUCAUUGCCCAGACCUUCAUGGACUCUUGUACUAUAGCGGAGCACAAGCUGGGACGGGAUUCGCCAAUUAACAAACUACUGUAUGCCAGAGACAUCCCUCGAUAUAAACAGUUGGUGGAGAGGUACUACGCGGACAUUCGACAAACCAUCUCAGCGAGUGACCAAGAAAUGAACUCUGCCUUAGCAGAGCUAUCUCGGAAUUACUCCAGUGAUAUGAACUCUCUUGUAGCUCUCCAUGAGCUCUACAAAUACAUCAACAAGUACUAUGACCAGAUCAUAACGGCACUAGAAGAGGACCCGACUGCACAGAAGAUGCAGCUUGGCUACCGGUUACAGCAGAUAGCCGCAUCAGUGGAAAACAAGGUCACCGACUUGUGACAGGACAGACUAUUGAGGAUCUGCGGAGAGGAACAAUAGAGGCAUGAACGUAGAGAAGGCACAUUGAGACACUGUGACCGAUGGACAGAGCUUGCAGGGUGCCUCAUGGGAAGAUGCUUCAUCUGUAUCUCCAACGGUGGGAAUGUAGGGGACCACACGGCUGUGAGGCACCAGGUUUCACAUGACAGUGAAAGGAGUAUCUUUCCCUCCUCCCACACCACUUCAACCUGCACAGGACUGUCUAUGGAAUGUGUUUAUAUUUUAGAUUAUUAAGCGACUUAGACACAGCAAAACAUAAACUAAAGAGUCAGUGCAGAAGUGGACAAAUGAUGUUAAUAUUUUUUUCCAUAAGAGAUUUUAAAUGUUUUUUAAACUAAUCCUAAAACCAUGUAUUGCAGUCAUAAGUUGGCACCUGCAAGAUGAAAUUGGAGAAGGGCAGAGAUAUUGAGGCAAAGACAGUCGUCAGGUAGAAUGUUGUCAGGCCCAAGUUAAUUCACAGUAACUGACUUCAAUAAAUACAGGUAGACGACAGGGAGCACUGUAUGGCGAUCUAUUCAAGAUCCAGUCAGGCACCCAGGAGGCAAGGGUCAAGUCCUUGGCUGGCCGUCUUAGUUAGUUUGAGGAGCUUUAAGAAAUGAAGUUACCAUUUGCCUUUCCAUCAGGGAAUUCAGCCUUUGUUAAAGGGUUUAUGGAACAGCCUGCCCAUCAAGCUCUCAAAGCACCAUGUUCUCCUGCAUCAUGAGAGGAAGAGAAAUUUGGCCAAGUCAGCCUUCCUCCUCGGGCUCAUGAAUUGGUGCUUGUGUGUAUCCUUGGUGUGGUGUUGCCUGUUGACUGUCUAAUGGUGGUGGUGCCUCCAUCAAAGAGAAGAACGUACAUACUGCUAAUGUGACAUCUCAUUUUAUGAAGCGUUGUCCUGCUGAGUUCUACUGGGUAUUUUUCUACCUGCUGCCUUCCUUGUUUCAGCCAUUGACGGAGUAUCAAACCCUCUAACUUAAGAUGAUUGGAUAAGCAAGGCUACUCAGCUGAGGUUGACAGCUUAAAUUUUGAGAUCACAGUGAGAGAUGGUGGGGGGGAAUUACUGCACAGUUUUGUGGUUGGCAUUUGUUUCUUUUUGGAAUCGCAACACGAUGGCUUGGCAAUCUUUUAAUUUUAAAUGGAAAACUCACAUCAGAAACACUAUGAUAAAAAUGGUGCCUACAAUCAUUCAAAAUUUAAGCCGAGCAAAAGCUUGAUUGAAAUUUAUCUCAAAUCUCAGUUUACUAAAAGUUCCUUAAACUCCUGUUACGUUUUAGGUGUUUGCAACUUGUCGCUAUCUGUCGUGAAGUACUGUGUACAUACUGAGAUCCUGAUGUAUUUGUUGGAGUGCGUUGCGCUAAUAUCAUUGUUUCAAGUGACUGAGUCCACCUGAGUCACACCGCCACCAGAAGUCAGACCACUUGUCAUUUUAUUCUCAAUUCCUUAUUUUAAUUAAAAUGUGUGAUACCUUUUUUGGUCCCAAAAUGCCACGGGCAGAUUACCAGUGUUUGAUUGGAAGUGUUUGAGGAGAAAUAUAUCUGGGGGUAGCGGUAAGGUUGUGUGUCGUGGGACAUGGAUUGAAGUUUUCAAAACUCUUCCAUUUUCCAUGACAGUGGAUGUCAGUUUUGUUACUUUUGUUCAAAGUAGGUUUAAUUGUAGUUUUUAUUUAUGGUAUUGUCUGAAAUAGUAUUCCAUGCUCAUCCAGUAUUCUAACGGCAGUGUUCACCGCGAGGGGCAAAGAAAGAGUAAAGGGCCUAUCCCACUUUCACAACCUAAUUCACAACCUUUUUUUACUCGUGGACAUUUUUCAUCAUGCUAGAAAAAAUGCCCCGACCUACUUGAUGCCACAAGUACCUACGACUAGCAUCACGGCCUGCUACGACCUACCUACGACCUCGUGACGACCAUGCUGCGAGUACGAGUCAAGGGCAAACUCGGCAUAGGUCGUGAAGGUGGGACAAGCCCUAAACAUAGUGCGUUGAGCAGUUAUUGUCCCUUGGAGUGCAGACUCCACAAUUAUUCCUCUACAUUAGUGUGUAUGGAAUUAUGCCCUGUUAGUGUGGGACUUCACUUUCAACCUUGAAAUUCAGAAUUGUAUUGAUAUUUUUAUAUCAUCUCAAUUUAUGGCAAGUACAGAUGCUUUGGUUUAGAUAAAUGAUCUUUAAUAAAAAAUCUAUGCAGAUGUUUGUGGUAA